GCCUUAGAAGAUGGCCGCCAUGCAGAGAGCCGAGGAAGAGGUCGUGGAGUCGAGCACGGAGGACGGGUCCUCCCUUCCCAGCCAGAAGGCCCUGUUGCUGCAAGUGAGAGACAAAGGCGACGAGCUUCUGCCCCGAAGGCCCGAGCUGCAGCAGUGGCGGAACCGCCAGCUGCAGCGCCUGGCCGAGGAGCUGAAGGCGGAGUGGCAGGAGACCCAGCUGCAGCAGAUCAAGGACCUGGAGCGGCUCUACCUGGCCCGGCUGUUGGGGGGGGUCGCCGAUCAGGCCGUGGGGAGCCAGGCCGUCUUGGACGAGCUCAUCUCCGGGGAGAUGCCGAAAGCCCCGAGACCCCGGGACAAGCACAAAGGCAGAGAGAAGAAGAGCCGCCGGGAAGAGCCACCCCGACAGCCCGCCUGGUACCCCAAGUCUCGAAAGAAAACGGCCGGCUCGGAAAGGCGGCGGCCCGCGAGAUCCCCAGGGCUGAAUCCCCCCGAGAAGGGGAAGGGGAAGCGGGCGCCGUCCAGCAAAAGCAGCAGCAGCUGCCGCUCCGUGAACUCCCGGGUCAGCCGAGGAAGGGACUUCGCCAGGCUCUGCCCGCUCUUGACCCCCGUGGAGGAGAUCGAGGAGCCUGAGCUGGAAGAGGCCUGGCGGGGCAGGAGGCAGGGAGGCCCGGGGACCCCGGUCUCCGUUCAAGGCCUGAAACCCAGCUCCCGCGACCACAGCCCCGAAGACAAGCUAAGCGACCUCGAGCAGUCGUGGCUGGGCAGCACGGCCUACAAGAGGGGCGACCUGUCCCCCGGCUCCUCGCUCAAGGGCAGCGAGAAGAACCGGUGGCAGCGGGAGCUGGAGAGCGCCUUCGAGGAGCUGUUCAACACCAACCGGAAGCUCAAGAAACAGCUGAGCUCCCACCUGGAACAGAGGCCCCGGGGGGACCCGGGCCCCGGGGAGGAGCAGGGCCUGGCGGAGUUGCGCCACCACACCGGCCGCGCCUACGGUGGCCUGCCCAGGCGGCGGGGCGAGGAGGAAGACGAGGCCUCCGAGACAUCGUCCACAACCACCACCUUGAGACAGUUGCUGAGCAGGGCCGAGAACCUCAAAUACCUUCAGAUGGCCAAGCCCGAGUUAAAGGAGAGUCCGAUGGCCUUUGCGGGGACCAGAGUCCCUAAGAGUGAAGAGGGCGCGCCCUCCCGCAAUGCCAGUCCCACUGGGACGGCGCUGGGGGAGCACCACCCCGCCCUGCAGGAGGAGGAGGAGGAGGAGGAGGAGGGCCCGGCCAGCUGGGCGGCACUGAGGCAAAAGCAGAAAGGGGAGAUGGAGCAGAGAAGGAAAACGGCCUUCUUGGGGCAGACGGAGCACCCGGACAUGAGCUUGGAGAUCCACUACAAGGCUGAGCUGGAGGAGGAGCGGAGGGAGCGCCGGAGGACCCGCCUGGCGCUGCUGAAGGCCUACUCCACCGGGGCCCCGUCCAUGGGCCGGGGCGCCGAGUUCCGAAGCCCAUCUGUCUCGGGCACCAGCCUCCUGGACGAGGACAGGCACAAUCAGAUGGUCCAUGACCUUCAGCAGCAGAUUUCAGAGCAAAACAAGUUACACCAGCAGUUUCUGGACAAAGCCAGGAAACGCUUGCAAGACUUUCAGAAAACUUGUUGAGGUCCAGGCCCGCCCAUGAUCAAUACAAUCCCUGGUGACCGUUUGCCUGCACUGUAGCCGAGCCUCCGGGGUCUGUCUGUGUGUGUCUGACUCGGUGUCUGUGUCGUCCUGGCGUCUCUUGAGUGCCAUUGCGCCACACUCCAGGCAGGGUCCUUUGUGCAACAGCAAAAACACAAAAAUGGAACCCGUGUAAGACGGAGGA